UGAGCCUCUAUAACAUCGCAGUCCAUAGUAUUCAGACACAGUUGGGGUGCUCUUUCAUGGGAAUUAAAGCAGAAUUGGAUCACAACUAACAGGAUUUUAUAUGGAAACUUUGUGUUCACCAUUUGUGGAAGAAACAAGCUUUGCCAGAACAGAGGAUGAAGAUGAAGAUGAAGCUGAAGAAAAUGAAGAGGAGGAUAAAGAUGAUGCACAAACAGAGGAAUCAGCUGACAGGAAGCAACGACCGACAGCCUUUCUUCCGUGUUUUUACAGUAGAAUGGGCAAAGAGGUGUACAGCUACGCUGGCCAUGAGAUCGUUAUCGAAGAGGGUCUUGACUCAUUUGCAGGCAUGAUAUGGCCUGGGGCUUUGGCUCUCUGUCACUACCUUGAAACUCACCGUGACCAACUGAAUCUUGUGGACAAAACUGUCCUGGAGAUUGGAGCAGGAACUGGUCUUGUGUCUGUGGUAGCGACACUUCUCGGUGGUUGGGUCACAGCGACAGACCUUCCAGAGGUUCUGAGUAACACUAGAGCCAACCUGUGCAGGAACACCAGGGGCCUCUGCCGGCACGCACCCCAGGUGGCACCUCUGUCCUGGGGCUAUGAUCUGGAGAGCACCUACCCUUCGUCCGUCUACAGGUAUGACUACAUCCUUGCAGCCGAAGUGGUUUAUCAUCAUAACUUUAUGGAUGAGCUCUUGGUCACCAUGAAGCAUUUCUGCAAACCUGGAACAACACUGAUCUGGGCCAACAAGGUCCGACUUGAGUCCGAUCUAGUGUUCACGGAGAACUUUAAGAAAGCCUUCCACACAAGUCUACUGGUCGAAGAAGGAGAGAUGAAGAUCUUCAUGGCAAUGAGUAGGGAAGGAGAUGAUGAAGUAGAUCAGGGACUAGAAAUCCAAGAUCUGUUGGGAGAAGAAGAUGGAAAGACUGUGGAGGAAGAAAGCAACAAAGACAACGGUGAAGACAAACCCUCCUGUGCCUGUACAGAGGUGAGAGCUGAUAUACUGGACAAUUACAAUGAGGAGGAGUGGGAAGAAGACGAAGAGUUUGAAAGUGAUGAGGAGGAAGAGAAAAUUGUGACCUCCAAAGAUGAUGAAACAGAUGAGCAAAAUGAGACUGUUGCAAGCAAUGACAACAUUUCUGAACAGGAGUGUUCGGACCAGACAGUUGUAAGGCAGAAAUGGGUUCCAAACAUCAUUUUCAGCGUUAACAAAGACAUCUACCAUUACGUAGGGCAGGACAUCGUCAUUUAUGAAUCCAUAGAUUCAUAUGGAGCAAUGAUGUGGCCAGCUGCGUUGGCUUUGUGCUCCUUCCUUGACAACAACAGGGACACAGUGGACCUGCGAGGGAAGGGGGUGCUGGAACUGGGAUCAGGAACAGGAUUGGUAGCUAUUGUGGCCAGUCUACUGGGAGCUUCAGUCACAGCCACAGACCUUCCAGAGAUAUUAGGGAACCUUCGAGCCAACUUAAUGAGGAACACCAGGGGUCUCUGCAGACACACACCCCAAGUGGCACCUCUGUCCUGGGGCUAUGACCUGGAGAGCACCUACCCUUCAUCUGUCUACAGGUAUGACUACGUCCUGGCAGCCGACGUGGUUUACCAUCAUGACUUCCUGGAUGAGCUCUUGUUCACCAUGAAGCAUUUCUGCAAACCAGGAACAACACUGAUCUGGGCCAACAAGGUCCGACUUGAGUCCGAUCUAGUGUUCACGGAGAACUUUAAGAAAGCCUUCCACACAAGUCUACUGGUCGAAGAAGGAGAGAUGAAGAUCUUCAUGGCAAUGAGUAGGGAAGGAGAUGAAGGUGACCGGAACAGACUGAGUAGGCCUACAGGAUGCAGGCUCAAAGCCUAAGGAGGUUUAAAGGACUUAAUGUUGAACCUUUCUUUGUGAUUCAUUUUUUUCAAGUGUUGUCAGAUACCCACUAACUUUGUUAAAGGUUGGCAAACAUGCAAGAAGAUCAGUUUACAAAUGUUUUGCUUGAGACUCAGUAUGGAAGACAUGUUUAGGUCAAAGAUUGUUGGCUUCAGUAACCUGAAGAAACGUUUAAAUGUCAGCUUAGUAUCAAAAUAUUUAUAAUAGUGGUCUUGGCAAGCUUUACUUUGGCAACCAGAUGCCACUUUACAAACUUAACAUGACCUGUUGUAUUUUCUUUACGACAGAAGUUGUUUUACUAGAAACAAACAUUUGAGUUCAUCCUGAAGUGAAUUUGCUGGCAUGUCUUAAUUGAUUUCCACUUGUGAAUUACAGAAUUGAUUGGAAAUAGCCUUAAAAUCUAGAUUGAUACGCAUCAACAGAUGCUUCUUUAAAGUCAAUGUAGUUUCCAUGUUCACGUUGUGUUAACACACAUCUGUAUCCUCCAAACAUCCAGACCUUCUGCUCCUAUAGGAGGUGGUCAGACUUGCUGGGUAUCAGAUAAAUAGGAGAAUAUACUUCCCCUUUUCCGGUUAAAUCUUAUUGAAGAUGCAAUGGUCUAGUUGCAAUAAUGAAGCUCACUGUACUGGGGAAACCCAUUAUAGAAAUCCUUGUCUAUUUGGUGGUUCAAUGCCUUUUUGUUUAACAAACUACUUUUAAUGGCUCAAGCUAUGUGGACUUUGUGAAUUCUUCUCGUCUUUUAUAUUUUUCAGACUCGUAAUACAGAAAAGUGACAUGUGAGCCCGUUUUAAAUAUUUUUAUUCAGUGAA